AUGCCUUUCAGAAAACUCAGGAAGAACUUGAAGAAACUGUUUCUCAAAGCGAGACGUGCCGUCUCUCCAAAUGGAAACGCUAACCUGCCUCAAGUGGCUGAGACAGAGCGGGCUUCGAACGCCUCUCAGGUUCCUUCGUUGGAAACCCUACCAGCUGAGCUCCGACGUCACAUUCUUUUGAGGGUGGCAAUCGACAGUCUCAAGGCCCUCGUGCAGGCCUCUCCUAUCUACUUCCAUCAAUACCGACUAGAUCGAAAGCACAUACUCUGUCAAAGCCUGGAGUUGACAUUGGUCCGGAAGCAGCUGCAGAUUUCCUCCAUUCCUACAACACAAUAUUGGGUCAACUUUUACUUAACCCUGCCCUCUCUACAAAUUGCUCAGCAUGGAAGAUGUCACGUCUAUGGUCAAAUUCCACUGCUCGAUGUUCAACCCUUGAUGCAAUGCUUUGUGACAAGAGCAUCGAGUAAUCUCACUGAGACGAAAGGAUUCCAGAUUGGAGAGACCUCGAGCGGGACAGGAUACAUCUCACGGAUUCGCCGAAUUGAAGAGUCUUUGAGCAGGACAAACGAUACACAACUGAUGGGGGCUUUUUAUCGAUUCCAAUUCUGUUGCAAUGUCUAUGGCUUCGAAUCGCUCGAUUCUGUCGCUCUUAAUAUCAGGAUCGCCACUCCUGCUCGCAUUCUCAAGUACUUCUUAUAUCACUUUCAACGCUACGAUGUAUCCUGUCUCAGUUACUUCUCUGAAAAGAAGUGCCGGCAGAUUGACCACAAUAUUACCCGGGAUUUGCGUAAAAGGAGCCCCGGAUUUGAUCGACGACCCUGGAGAAAUGAUGGUAAUACCCACAAAGACAACAGUGAUGGGUCACUCACGACACCGAUAUGCCGCGGCCUCGAGCUACUGCACUUCGUCUAUUCCAAGAUCAAAGAUAACGACGAGCUGAUUACGGUGACGAAAUAUUGCAUGAUUGGGUUUUCUGCGGCUUUCCCGGCCGUAAUAGCCGCGACUUCGAUGACUUCUUACGAUGGGAUAGUUUGCGUGAAGUCCGGGAAGAGAUAUCAAGAGGGUCCUGGACCUAUUGGGCUCUUACACACUGGUUGGAACCGACACCCUUCCGUAUGUAGUCCCAAUGGAAGCUCCGUGCUCCAAUCGCUGGCCUGGAUGGUUGCAUGGGUGGAAGUUACAGCAACCUCUUUGGAGAGUGCAUCCCCAAUUCUCUCCGACAAUGGGGGUCAUGGGCGCAGGCUAACCCGAGUGCAUGAAUUCCGAGGAGGCGACGAUGAAGCAAUAGGAGGAACAUCGGGACCCGGGAAGUAUCACUGGUACCUAGAAGUAUAG